AUGUCAUGGCGUAAGGAUCUGUCGCUGAUUGGUGGAAGCCUGCCGGGACGACCACAAAUUCGGGCUCUGGCCCUACCAAUGUCGACGGUAUGGUCCCAGAAGGCCCAGGCCAUGUCCGCUUGCGGUCCAAGGAUCGGGUCCCUCGUCUCCUUGCUCUUUGUCCUGAACUCGACGGGAUUUGCUGCCGGUUACCAGCUCCUGUUCUAA